UAAACAAACAGAAGACAAUAUUUUUGUUUUCACCGGAAAAAUCAGGCGCCAUGGGCAAUGGCCACGAAACCAAGGGAACCCGGGAUCCUUCGAUCAAACUUUUCCAGUCACACAACAAACCCCCUUGAUUUGGAGCACAGUUGCCUUCUGAAAUACCGCACAACAAAUCGAUUCUCAUAUAAAUCUCGACCUGGCAUAUAUUUUGAGCCAUGGACGACAACGAGGAUGAGCUGGAGGAGCACCAGGAGCUGGUCAGCGACGGCAGCGUCGAGGAGGAGGAGGAGGUCGAGCCCGAUCUCGGACCGGUGGACAGCUGGGAAUCCUUCAAUAACCGCAUCGAUGGGCUGAUCUUUAACGAACGCUGCGACAAGUCGGUGAAGAAGUUGGACGAACGCCGGCUGGCGAUUCUCAACCGGGUGCGUCAGCAGUUCCGCGAGGCGCCAAAGGGUGUCGCCGAACGUUGUCAGGCGCAGAAGUCGCCCAUAGACCAACAGCUGGAGGUGUCCAGCGAGCGACUAAACGAACUGGUGCGCUUCGGCAACGAGUUGGUGACCAAUGUCCGGGUGGCCAACGAACGAAGGGAGCUUAAUCGCCGACUCUUUGAGGCGACGCAGAAGAAUCAGGUGCAGUUGAAGCUGCAACGCGAGAGUGUGGAAACAAUGGCCCGCUUCGAGAACAUCAAGGCGCGCUGGACGGAGCUGGAGGAGACCAACGAGCCGAUGCUAUUGUGGGACCAAAUCGAAGAGCAAAAGAAACGCAUUGCCGAGAUCAUGGCCCGCAAGGAUGAGAUGAUAUCUGCCUGCCAAGCGGAGGUGGACCGCAUGAAUGCCAAGUACGAGUUCGAUCGCGAGCGGCAGGCCCAGGAUCUUUGUUGCCUGGUGGAGCGCGUUGAUCACCAGGUGGAGACGCUAAAGGAGGCCUACAAGGAGCACAUUCAAAUGCUGCGGCACACCAUCGAGGAGGAGCGGCAGAUCUUUGCCGACAGUGCGGUGGAGAAGUGGCGCACCUUCUUUGAUGCGAUGAACGCAAACUUUGACGAGAAGGCCAGUUUGGUGCGAGCACGUGAGCAGUUCUAUGCACGCCAAACGCAGCAGAUCAACGAGUCCCAGGAGGAGCUGACCAAGAGCACUCGAAUUCGACUGGAGAAGGAGUGCGAGAGGCUCGAGCUGGAGUUGCGUCGCACACGUGACAAUGUUCUGAUGAACUCCGAGAAGCUGGACUACAACUAUCAAGUGCUCCAGAAGCGGAACGAGGAGAACGUGAUCAUUAACAACCAGCAGAAGCGACGGGUGGCCCGCCUGCAUGAGGCAAUCGGACGCACACGGCGUGGCCUGAAGAAUCUUUACAACACGGGCAAGCGAAACAUAGCCCGUCUCUCCUCGGACAUCUACAAGCUGCACGCCAACAUCAACGAUAUGGAGUCGAAGGCCCAUCAGGCGAGGCUGAACAAUCGCGAGAAAUUCGAUCGCAUCUGGGAGAUCAACUACAAGGAGCUUAACCUGCUGGUAGAUCGGGUCUAUCACAUCGAUCGCAUCAUACACGAGCAGCAGCUGGCCAUGCCGUGGUCCAGUCCCGUGCCGCCCAUUCCAAAUAUCAACAAGGCAAAGAAGAGGCGCAAUAACAUUCUGGAGAAGUUUGACAUGCGAAUUGGGCGGGUUCCCAAGAACCGGGUGCUGCCCAAGUCGGCCGUACAUUACAAGCCGGAUAUCAAGGAGCUGCCCCCAGAAUCGCUACGUCUGAUGCGUAAUCUCAUUCGUAAGCUGUCCGAUCGCGGCGGUUUCCUUAUCGAGGAGAGACUGCUGAAGAUUCUUGAGCCGUAUUCCGAGGAGGACAAAUGCCUGGUGCGCAUCGACAAUAUCUUUGCAGCGCUACGCAUCCGUCAUCUGCGCGAUGUCAAGGAACUGACCAAGGUUUUCAUGCCGUACACCUACUGUCCGAACUGCCAACCACAGGGAUUGAGUCCACGCAAGUGUGCCGAGGUGUUCAUGAAGGAUCAAAAGCCCAAUCGGCUGCAGGGCAUGACGGGUGGCCAACCGGAUCAAAAGGAGCAUAGAUCCACAGGCGAAGCCUUUCUAACCAAGAGAGAGGAGGCGGCGAAGAGAUGCCACAAUCACUAUCUGGUCAUGGAGCCGGCACUCUGUCUGCACGCCAUGAAUCUCUUCACCUCCAAGAUGCACAAAAAGAUGUACGAACACGAACCGGGCAGCGUUCUCAAUGCGGUAAAUCUUAUUCAGAUUACGGAUGCCGAGAUCCGUAAUUUCUGGCGCCAGUUCUCGGCCUGCUUUCCGGCCUCCAAGUGCAAGCUGUGGAAGACACUGGAGCACGGACUGAAUCACUACGUAGAGGUACUCAAGAUGCGCGUGCAGUACGAUGCGGAAGUCGUCUUUUUGCGUCGCCAGAACGAAGAGUUGCGCCAUCUGCUACAAAAGUUUACCGUCUAGGUGCAAAUUUACUCAAUUGCAUAUCUGAACCGAAGCAAUUAUUGUCCGAUUCCGUCCAAACAUGAUAAAUUAUAAUUGUUCCUAAUCUCGCUCUUUGACAUUGCCAUGGAAACAGUCCAGAGACGUGGGGUCCCUGCUCGGGCGCCAUCGUAAACGUUGUUUCAUUUCAGAGUCGUGCAAUAAAAGCUUAUUUCGACCAAGAAA